CAGUCGCUGCGACCUCAAGUUUGACUGCGAUGACAAAACCGACGAAUCUUUCUGCGAUAUUGUCAACUUCCCUCCGGACUACAAGCUGAACUUGCCACCGCGACCGUUGAGCAACUCUCCACUGCCGAUUUCCAUCAACGUGUCCAUAGACACGAUGGACAUCAACACCGAGACAAUGCAGCUGUCUAGCAGCUACAACCUGCGCAUGACUUGGUACGACAACAGACUCUCCUACAACAACCUCAAGCAACUCACAAGACUUAAUACACUUUCAAAGGAACAAGUUGACGAGCUUUGGAAGCCUCUCAUUGGUUUCAUCAACACUGGCGACAUCCAGCAGACAGCGGUGGACGAGAAUGCCAUCACUACCAUUAUCAAACGCACCUUGAAAUUCGUGACCAACCUAACCAACUCUUACGAAGUGGAGAUUUACAGCGGUUUGAAAAAUCCAGUGUCAACGACACGCAAAUAUUUCACUACCUUCACAUGCAGCUUCGACCUCACGCUCUACCCAUUCGAUAUACAAGAGUGCUUCAUGCAGUUCAAGAUCUUAUCGGCUUCGAAUGAAUACCUUGUCUUCAAUCUCAAUGAGUCGUAUGUCGAGUACCUUGGAUCGAAGUACCUGGUAGAGUAUGGGAUCGGUCGAGUAGCGCUGGAAGAGGACGUCACCAAGCAAUACGCGGCGGCACGAGUGACGGUUCAGCUCGUCCGGUUAUAUGGUUACGCGAUGCUCAACAUUUACGUGCCGUCCAUUAUAUUGCUCAUCAUCAGCUGCCUCACUCUUUUCUUCAGGCCGCCCAUCUUUGAGGUUCGCCUCAUGACCGCUCUCACGGCGCUCCUUGUGCUGGCCACGCUGUUCACCCAAGUAUCCGCCUCACUGCCCAAGACAUCUUACUUCAAGGUGGUGGAUAUUUGGCUCUUGUUCUGCAUCAUCGCGAUUUUCAUGAUCAUUGCUUUCCAUUCUAUCAUCGAUAACUACAUCGAUUACGGCUCUAACACCCACCACGAGACUAUGGUGACUGCUUGGACCAACAAGGAUGAGUUAAAGACGGUGAAGGAGAUCUUGAGGACUGGCACAGGCGGAGUCAUGGCCAAUAAACUGCAUAUUUGGAUCGCAGCUUCUAAGGUCGUUACUUUUUUCAUUGCAGUGCUCUUCAAUAUUGUGUACUGGGGGAUGCUUGCGGUCUCUUCAGGUCUCGUGUAUCAAUACUAACAACCAAAAACAAUAUUACAUGAAUUAGGCUAAAAUAUUAGAAAGUUGAAACUCGAACGAUUUUUUCAUACUCACUCAGUGUACGCUAACUGUGCAUUAAUAUAAAUGUUUGGGUAACAGAGGAGGAAUUCACUCAGGAUAGUAUAGAUUUAACUACUGAUCACUGCACUAAAAUAAAUUUCAAAUAUAUCCUUUACAUUCAUAAAGAAAAUUCUCAUUUCAUAAACAUGGUGAUCACAUUUGUAAGGUAGCGCGUACAUUUUAGGAAAUUUAAAGUCAGUGGAAUUUCACAGCACUACUAACGUUGACAGAAUGUACUAAAAUGCAAUCACAACAUUAAUUGAAUAGCUUUUGCACAUCGCAUUCAAUAUAUAGUUUGUAGGUGCUUAGGCAUUUGUCAAAUUUAACAUACAAUAUUCAAAUCGGUCAAUCUUUUUUAAAAUUUUUAUCUCAUUUUCAUCUUUUAACGCAAUUUUCAUCUGACGAAUAAACUUGCGCUGACCCACACAGUGAUCUAUUAAAUUUUUUGGAACUAUCAUAAUGAAUGGCAGGCAAGGAGCAAUUUCAACUCUAGUAUAGCAAUAAAUUCUAUCCUAAGAAUAAUGAGGUAAUAAUAAAUGUUCCUAGUUACAACGAACACAUAAGAGAUUAAAUGCAAAAAUAGAAGUUUGCAAUGAAUGCUCUUAACG